AUGGCCAGAGGCCGUCAUGGGUCUCAGAAUGGAGUUGCACCCUUAGAAGAUGUCUGUCUUGAAGCUCUCAGGUUAGAAGAAAAGGAUGUACGCCAUCAAAGGAUUUUACAGGCAAAGUCAAUCCAGACAUCCCCGACAGAAGAGGGUGGGAUACCAAUACUGUCUUCUGUUAAUACACUGCCAGAGUUUCCUCAUCACCCACCUGGGGCUGAAAGUGGAGACUCCGCUGUGACGUCCUCACCUUCUGGACCUCAGACAAAAUUCUGUUCAGAGAUUUCUUUGAUUGUGUCUCCAAGGCGAAUAGCAGUACAGCUCGACACACAUCAGCCCACAUUACCUCCACCACCUCUAUCCCUCCCGAGUUCUGAUAGUCAAAGACCAGCCGGGUCACGGUCUUUCCAGCCUUCUCUUCAUACUGAGUUUGAAACCAGCCAUGAACACUCUGUUUUCUUUUCCUUUGAAAACAGUCAUAACAUCCAACGCUCACCACCUCUGCCUUGCACAGAGUCUUCCAGUUCCAUGCCAGGUGUAAGCAUGGCAGCUCCCCCACCUCCCCCUCUCCCAGGCACAACAGGACCUCUUCUGCCCAGUACAGCCAUCCCCCCACCUCCUCCUCUGCCUGGUACAAAAAUGCUACCACCUCCUCCCCCACCUUUGCCUGAUGAGGGAAUACCUCUUUCCCUUCCUCUUCCUGUAGGGGAGAUACCUCCUUCCCCUCCUCUUUCAGGUGAGGGAAUACCUCCUCCCCCGCCUCUUCCUGGAGUGGGAAUACCUCCUCCCCCGCCUCUUCCUGGAGUGGGAAUACCUCCUCCCCCG